ACCGCCAUACUGAUUUUAACGGAAAAAACACAAUCAAAAACUAACAAAGCUUUUUCAUAUCGAAUUCUCUGCGUAUUGUGUAAUAACGAAUUAUUCGUUAUUCUGUUUCGGUUUGUCGUGACUGUCGUGUGCGAUGUGCGUCGUAGUUCAAUAACUCAAUUUUUAUGUUAUGUCGUAGGUAGGUGUAAGUUGGUCAGUAAAUUUAGUGUUUAAACUUAUAUGUUGUAACUAUACUUGGAAUAUAAUCCCCUAAACGUUUGGGAUUUCCAUUUUAAAUCUUUUAAAUUGAAUUUAAUACCUAUAAAAGUUAUUUUAGUUUCGAUUACUACGUUUAUGUGAGAAUACUUUUGUCUUCUAUUGGUUUUAAAAAUUAAAGUAGUGAUAAAUAAUAUCCUGAAUAAUUAAGAUAACACCUUUAUUGGGUAUAAAAAUAAGAAUAACUCAAGGUGAAGUAAAUGAAGCAUAUUUACAAAAUAGAUUGAUAGAUAGAAUGGAUUCAAAUAACGUCAGUUUAAUCACAAAUGAAUAUGAUGAUGGUGUUGUAUGUUUUGGUCCAGUGACUGAAAGUCAACUAAAUAGAUAUAACAGAUUACCACGCCGUACUGUUUUACCUUCAGAUUUUGAAUUGAGCCAAUCCCUUUUUGAGCAAGACGAAGAUGAAAAAAAUGAUAAAUCUACUGUUUUGGAUGUGUCUAAUAAAAACACAACAACAUGUGAAGAAGAUAAUUCAAUUAAUAUAUCCCAAUCAACAAAUAAUUUUGAUAAAGAUAAAGAAGAAAUUGGUAAAAUAGAAUUAAAACAAAGCAUUUCUGAAGAUACUAAUUUAAGAUUUUCUUCGCCAUGUUCUUCAAAAUGUAUACCAAAUGCAAAAUUGAUUGAUACAGAAGUUAUUAAUAGAUACAUUAGAAUGGGAUCAAUAUCAUCAAAUGAAUCUUCUUUAUCGGAUGAUCAAAAUAAGUCUUCAUUUGAAGAUGAAACCGUUAGCUUUACGGAUCCCCAAGAAAUAGAGUCAAUGCAAAACAAUUAUGACUAUGAUGAAACUAAUUCAUCCGAACACUUAUCUGUUUCGAGUAUAAUUGAACAAAGCACUAGUGUCUGCCAGCAAAAUGUGUUAGAUGAUUCUAGUAAUGUGUGUACUUUAAUACAUUGUAGUCAAAAAGACGAUACUGAUUUAAGUAUUUAUAGUGACUUAGAACUUGGUGAUGUUAGUGAAGAUUCAAUUGUUACUGAUGAAUAUAGUAUUACACCUGGAAAACAGAGAUUAUUUGAUUUGCGUGUCACUAAACAAUCGUUACGUGCUAAGACUCUUGUUGCGUCUGCUCCGUUUAUGGAUAGGAUCGAAGAAACUACAACUCCUGUAUUACCAAAAGUCAUUAAUUCUCCUUUCAUUUUAAAUGACAUCAGUAAUAAACAUUCAGAAACAAAAGGAAGAUUUAAUGAAUCAUCAAUUACUGAAAUAUGUCAUGGAACAUCUACUGAGAUUUUGAAUCAGACUUCUAAUGAAAAUUUGUUUGAAAUUAAUAAAUUGAUUGAUGAAAAUAAUGGAGAAUCGUUAAUAUCAAAUGAUUUGAAGGAUACUGUCUCUAUGAAUAAAAGUGCAGAGAUGGUGUUCGAUCAAAUAACAAACAGAAGUAUAGAUUCGAACCAAUCUUUAAAUGAAACAGUUCAUAUCCAAAGUGGUUUAAAUGAUACUGAACAAAAAUUUGAUAACGAAAAGUCAGUAUAUAUAAUGUCAAAUAUAGCUAUACCAAUAUCAAGUGUAAAUGAUCAUAAUGAUUCAAAUAACUCAAUUUCUACAGAAGUUGAUAUUAAUUCAAUUAAUACCAGUGUAGUAGAUAAAAUAUUUGAUGGAACAAUAUAUGCAAAUAAACUUUCAACAAACAACCAAAGUAUGGAUUUGAAUAAAACUGAUCAUACUGGAAGUAUUUUAAAUGUCACUGAGCAUAAAUUAGAUGAUGAAAAGUCAAUGAAUACUGUAACCGAUCUGACUAAUCCAACAUCUGAUGAAAAUAAUUAUAAUGAUCAAGAAUAUUCAGUGCCUAUGGAAGUUGAUAUUAAAUCAUCUAAUACUAGUGUCGCAGAUACAACAAUUGAUGAAACUAUAAACACUAGCAAAAUUGCCUCAAACAACCAAAGUAUAAAUUUAAAUUAUUCUUUAAAUAACUCUGAGCAAAAAUUUGAUAAUGAAAAGUCAAUAUGUAUUAUGUCCAAUGUAGCUAUUGCCCAGGCUACUCCAACAUCAGGUGUAAAUGAUAGUUUUGAUGGAGUAAAAUCUAUUAAUACCAGUGUUGAGGAUAAAGUAUUUGAUGAAACAAUAUAUGCAAAUAAACUUUCAACAAACAACCAAAGUAUGGAUUUGAAUAGAUCCUUAAAUAAAACUGAUUAUACUGAAAAUACUUUAAAUGUCUCUGAGCAUAAAUUAGAUGAUGAAAAGUCAAUGAAUACUGUAACCGAUCUGACUAAUCCAACAUCUGAUGAAAAUAAUUAUAAUGAUCAAGAAUAUUCAGUGCCUAUGGAAGUUGAUAUUAAAUCAUCUAAUACUAGUGUCGCAGAUACAACAAUUGAUGAAACUAUAUACACUAGCAAAAUUGCCUCAAACAACCAAAGUAUAAAUUUAAAUUAUUCUUUAAAUAACUCUGAGCAAAAAUUUGAUAAUGAAAAGUCAAUAUGUAUUAUGUCCAAUGUAGCUAUUACCCAGGCUAUUCCAACAUCAGGUGUAAAUGAUAGUUUUGAUGGAGUAAAAUCUAUUAAUACCAGUGUUGAGGAUAAAGUAUUUGAUGAAACAAUAUAUGCAAAUAAACUUUCAACAAACAACCAAAGUAUAGAUUUGAAUAGAUCCUUAAAUAAAACUGAUUAUACUGAAAAUAAUUUAAAUGUCUCUGAGCAUAAAUUAGAUGAUGAAAAGUCAAUGAAUACUGUAACCGAUCUGACUAAUCCAAUAUCUGAUGAAAAUAAUUAUAAUGAUCAAGAAUAUUCAGUGCCUAUGGAAGUUGAUAUUAAAUCAUCUAAUACUAGUGUCGCAGAUACAACAAUUGAUGAAACUAUAUACACUAGCAAAAUUGCCUCAAACAACCAAAGUAUAAAUUUAAAUUAUUCUUUAAAUAACUCUGAGCAAAAAUUUGAUAAUGAAAAGUCAAUAUGUAUUAUGUCCAAUGUAACUAUUGCCCAAGCUACUCCAACAACAGGUGUAAAUGAUAGUUUUGAUGGAGUAAAAUCUAUUAAUACCAGUGUUGAGGAUAAAGUAUUUGAUGAAACAAUGUACACAAAUAGACUCCAACCAAACAACGAAAGUAUGAUUUUGAAUAAAUCCUUAAAUGUCACUGAGCAUAAAUUUGAUGAAAAGUCAAUGAAUACUGUGACCGAUUUGGCUAAUCCAACAUCUGAUGCAAACAAUUAUAAUGAUGAAGAAUAUUCAGUGCCCACAGAAGUUGAUAUUAAAUCAUCUAAUACUAGUGUCGCAGAUACAACAAUUGAUGAAACUAUAUACACUAGCAAAAUUGCCUCAAACAAUCAAAGUAUAAAUUUAAAUUAUUCUUUAAAUAACUCUGAGCAAAAAUUUGAUAAUGAAAAGUCAAUAUGUAUCAUGUCCAAUGUAACUAUUGCCCAAGCUACUCCAACAACAGGUGUAAAUGAUAGUUUUGAUGGAGUAAAAUCUAUUAAUACCAGUAUUGAGGAUAAAGUAUUUGAUGAAACAAUGUACACAAAUAGACUCCAACCAAACAACGAAAGUAUGAUUUUGAAUAAAUCCUUAAAUGUCACUGAGCAUAAAUUUGAUGAAAAGUCAAUGAAUACUGUGACCGAUUUGGCUAAUCCAACAUCUGAUGCAAACAAUUAUAAUGAUGAAGAAUAUUCAGUGUCCAUGGAUGUUAAUAUUAAAUCAUCUAACACUAGUGUUGUGGAUGAAACAAUGUACACUAAUAAACAUCAAAUAAACAACUCAAGUAUGAAUUUUAAGGAGUCCUUCAAUGACACUGAACACAGAUUUAUAAAUAUUAUCCAAAACACCAGUAUUCCAGCAAUACAUUUAGAAGAUAAAUUGCAUUUAAGUAAGCUGGAUAAGAGUAUCUUAAAAAACACUAUUAUUUCUGAUAGUUCAUUGUUAGAAAAUAAUGAAGUUAAUAUAACUUGCAAUACAACAUUAGAAGACCCGUCAUGUAUGAUGAGACAAUAUUUAGAUUUUGAACAAACUGUAAAUGAAAUAUGUGAAGAUAUUACAUCAGCAAAAUGCCCAAAUAGAUUAUUGAAUAAGCCAAAAGCUAGUUAUGACGAUGAAACGCUUGAACGUUUAAUUGAACAAACACUUUCUUCUGAUAAAUUAAAUUCAACAAAUGUCUCAAAUUAUGACGGAUCAAAUUUGUCGGUUAUUAUUGAAAAUACAACUUUAGAAAUGUCUAGUAAUAACAUAGAGCAAAAUGAAGAUAUUUUAAAUUCUAAUAAUGAUGUACCUAUUACUUUGGAAUCUGAAAGUAUUGUAAAUGAAAUUAAAGAUAAUGAAUUGUUGAAUACAUCAACUGUUGCUUCAAAAUCUGAAGUGGAUAUAGUGAAUGAAACAAAUAUUCAAAUUAAAACAAAAGCAAAUGCAAGUAUUUCAAUGAACUGUACUAUUGUAAACUCAGGAUUAGUUGAAAAUGUAAAUAAAAUAAAAAAUAAUGAAAAUUCAUUGAUUAGUGAUGAGUUAUCUGAAAUGAAAUUUGAUGCAUUUAACAAAAUGGAUAAUCAGAUUACUAAUAUCACUACAAAACAAUUACUUGUUCCGGAAAAUAUCAAUGAAAAAAUGCAUUCUAACCAAAUUAAUUCAACUGACUUUGCUGCUUUUAAACUUAUUCCAGAAACAGAAAAAAAUGAUAAAAACUUUAUUGAUCAAGAUGACAAAGAUGAUAUACUCAAUAAUGAUAAUCAACAACAAGAUUUAUUGGAUAUCACUAAAAGCAUUAAUAACAGCUUAGAAGAAUUUGCAAAUCUAGAACAAAUGUUUAAUUUUGGUGACAAUCAAAAAGAAAAACAAGUGGAAUAUAAGACUCCCAAAACACAAAAACUAUUGGAUUUUAGUAUUAUUCAACAAACACCUACUUUUGACAACCAAGAAAAAAAACAGAAGCUUUUAAAUUUCAGUAUUGUUGAUCAAACUCCAUUAAAAAGUGCCCAACAAACAUACCCAAAUGAAAAUGUUAUCAAUAAUGACAGCUUAAUAAACUUUAGUUCAGUUGAUCAAAUAUGGAAUUCAGAAAUAAUUUCUAAAGAUGAAAUUAGUUAUAAAGAUUUUCAAAACUCUUCAUCAAAUAAUCUAUCAACAAUUUCAUCUCCUGAUGUAGAAUUAUUAACUGAUGAGUCAAUUAAAAUGAACACAUCACAUUUCAGUAACUCAUCUUUUAAUCAAACAAUAACCGAUUCAAAUGUAAAUCUGUCUAUUAAUUCUUGUGCCAGUAUUAAGACUCAAAAUAACAUAACAAAAUUAAACAAUGUAGAACCAUUGGUAUCGGUCGACAAACAGAUUGUAGUUGACAAGCUUUCUAAUUCUUUAAAUCAAACAAGUAAACAAAAUGAGUCAAAUCAAAAACAUGAUGAACACUGUAUGGCAGAAGAAUCUACUAAAGGAGUUAAAUUGUUAUCAAAUACUAAUUUCAAUAAAAUAAAUGAUUCUGCCCAGGUUACUGGGAAUUCAAACCAAGAACUGUGUAUUAACUCAAAUAAACCUGCCAUUGUAGAUUUCAGCAUUAUUGAUCCAGGUCAAUUGAAAAAUGUUGAUAUAAAAAACAAUACUGAUGUAAUGUCUGUAGAUUCUGAUAGAAAUCUUUCUAAUCUAAUUGAGAUGUCUCUUGUAUCAAUACCUGUUACUAAAUCUGAUGAACAAUCAGUUAUUUUAUUGGAAAAUCCAGUAGUAGCUAUAGGCUCUGAUAAUAGAUCUAAAAAAUCAAUAGAUAGUAGUUCAGAUGAAAUUAAUAGUACAGCUGUACAAUUUGAAGAAUCUACACUUUUGCACAAUAAUACUGAAUUAUUAACUGAUAUACAGAUGAGUGAUGAAUCGCUUCUUACAGAAACGCCAGAAAAAAGUUCAAUUAUUGAUUCUUUUCAUAGUAUUGAAUUAGAUCAUGUACAGGAAGAUAAUAAGAGGAAAAUUGAUAGUACUCAAGAAUACGACAUCAGUGAAAAGAAAAUGAAAGUAGAAACUGAGACCUUGAAAACACCAAUGUCGAUGCUCUAUAAAAUUAAAAACAUGUUCAGAAGCAGUGAAAAACAGCCAUCUUGUGUAAAUAAUACAAAAGAAAACAAUAUCAAAACAGGCAAAUGCUAUCAACAAUUAAACUUUGGAAAAUUUGAAGAAAAUAAUGAUAAUUUUACUAAACCUACACCUUUGAAAAAGUCAGAAGUUCUAAUAAAAAGUAAAAUACCAUGCAAAGUCACUGACAAAUCAUCAAAAAAUGAUGAAUUUAAUAAUUCAUCUAUAUCGUCUCUUAAUGAUAGUAUUAAACAAAAAAAAACCAUACCUAAGUUCUCAGGAGUUCCUGUAUUAUCUGACGUAUCUAAUUCAACUAAUAGAAAAUGUAUAGAAAGUCGUAUACCUUCCAAAUUUCAAAAAUAAUGUCCAUCGCAAAAUAUAUUUAUAAUUUUUAGUUUAGUUAUCUGUUAGGAAAAUAAGAAGAAUAUUUUGGCAAAAAAAAAAAUGUUUUGAGCAUACAUAUUACUAAAUUAAAGUGUUAUAUAAAAGGAUUAAAAAUUUUAUAAUUUUUUAUAUUUAUUAUUUUUAUAAGUAUCUUGAUAUUAGUUUAAUAAAAUAUUAAUUCAUGAUGUGUGUUUUACUUUUUAUAAAUGUUUACAAAACCUAAAUUUAUUAUAAGAAAAAAUUAUAAUAUAAUAUUAUUAAUAUACUCAAAAUUUAUUUAUUUA